AUGUCUCCCCUAGUGCGUGUUUACCCCGGUGCGUGUUUGCCCUGGUGCGUGUUUACCCCGGUAAGUCUUUGCCCCGGUGCGUACCUCCCCCUGGUACAUGCCUCCCCCGGUGCGUGCUUCCCCCGGUGCGUACCUCCCCCGGUGCGUAUCUCCCCCGGUGCGUAUCUCCCCCGGUGCGUACCUCCCCCGGUGCGUACCCCCCCGGUGCGUACCUCCCCCGGUGCGUACCUCCCCCGGUGCGUACCUUCCCCUCGGUGUGUACCUCCCCUCGGUGCGUACCUUCCCCGGUGCGUGUGCCUCCCCCCUGGCAUAUACCUCCCCGGUACAUGGCUCCCCCCUGGUGCGUAA